CGCAAAAAAACUGGAGAAAAAAAAUAUCAGUGCGUGCUUCUGCCCUAUAAUGAGGUCCUAACGAACUUGAAUUUCGAAUCAACUGUGGCUAGGUUGUGCAUUGCGUGAAUCUGUUGUGCCCAAAAAACCAAGCAUGGUUUUUGUUAAGAUAUGCCGCUCAAAUUCUUAACUGAAGAUCAAAUAAAACGGUGAGCAAUUUCCAUUGCCAGGUUUGGGAUGAAAAUAUCAAUUCAAGUCAUUUUGAAGGGUGUUUGGCGAAAUUAAUCUGAAUUCUGAAAUCGAUUUUGUGUACAACGGAGGAUUACCCAGAUGCUUUUUUGGUAAUCAACUACACGUUUCGUCGUGGAGUUCAUUUACUGUCAAAGCCCAGGAGCUAUUUCGAAUUUCUUGCUCCCAAGAAUCCAUCUAAUCCUCGAAUAUGUCACCCGCCAUUUCUCUGCCCUGCUUCAAUAGUGUGAUCUUUGCAGCGCGCCGGUCACCCCAGAAAGGAAAGUUGAAGAAUGCAAAAGUGCCCGGGGCAACGCCAAAACUUAGCAACACUGGCUUCGGUACCAGCAAGAAAGAGCCAUUAUGGCGGUGCGUGGAGGGUUGUGGUGCUUGCUGCAAGCUGGCUAAGGGCCCUGCUUUCGCCACUCCUGAAGAAAUCUUCACAAACCCCUCUGAUAUCGAGCUUUAUAAAAGCUUAAUAGGCCCGGAUGGAUGGUGUUUACAUUAUGAGAAAAGCACACGCAAGUGCUCAAUUUACCCUGAUCGUCCCUAUUUUUGUCGUGUGGAGCCAGAUAUAUUCGAGUCACUGUAUGGCAUUACUAAGAAGAAAUUCAACAAGGAGGCAUGCGGUAGCUGUAGAGACACUAUUAAGGAAAUCUAUGGUUCACAUUCCAAGGAACUGGACAACUUCAAUCGCUCCUUAAGGAGUUCUGAUUAGUUAAAUCGAUCCGACUUGCCCUGCUUAAACUGCUCAAGGUCAUUUUAACCUUGAUCCUUUCCUUUUUAUUUGUUCAUUGAGCUGGUCAGAAAGUUUAGUAUGAAAGGUUUUCCUGGAGAAUCAGAUCAAAUAUAAACUUUUGAACAGGAUUGGGGCUGCUGUCCUAUGCCAAAAGGAAAAGGGUUUAAAGAGAGAUGAAAGUGGGAGUCUAUUGCAUGUACAUUCAACUGUGCUGUAAUACGAUACCACUAGUGUAUUAGAUGCUAGCAAGAUCAUCAAGGAGAAAGCAUAAACUUCCUUUCGGAUUGUCCUUGCCAGUCUUCUAUAGAGCCCUUUUUUGGCAAAAUUUGCCGUGUUGUGGCUGGAUUAAAGAUCUCAAGGACCAGAAUUAAUUCUAGUAUAUUGGUCUAGAGAUCAGAUAGCCCGCUGUCUUGGCUUCAUCAAAUCUGAAGGUGCUGGAGGUCCCUUAAUUCAACUGAAACCAGCAGACUGUGUAAAAUAAAGACUUCCCCUUCUCUGUCUAUGGAGUCUGAUUACUCUCCUAUUGUCAUAAAUCUAUUAGCUGGGCAUGAAUUUUAAUCA